UCUGAGCAGGACUGUAUUGAUAGUGUUAAUGUGCAAGGUUUACGAAACAUUCAUGUAUUUAUAAGUUAUUAGAUUAACCUUUAUUACCAAAAAUAUUGAAAAAUGACAACAGAAUUAAAAAAAUUUUUAUAUAGUCUUCUAAGUAGUGUAGAAGGACUUCAUAGCAUAUUGAUAACAGAUAGGGACGGAGUACCCGUUAUAUCUGUAGCUGAUGAAAAAGCACCAGAAUUGGCCACGAGAGCAAGUUUCUUGUCCACGUUUGGAAUGGCAACUGAUCAAGGCAGUAAAUUAGGACUUGGAAAAAAUAAAACUAUCAUAUGCAUGUAUAGUAGUUAUCAGGUAGUUCAAAUGAACAAAUUACCAUUAGUCAUUAGUUUUAUUGCUAGUCAUAAUUGUAAUACAGGUCAUAUUUUAUCGUUGGAAAACAAAAUUGAUCCAAUUCUAAGUAAUCUAAAAAAUGCAGUAGUGGAGGCCUGA